UCCACCUCUUCUCUCUCACUCCACUUGAAUCUCGGGCUCUGCGAGGAGAGUAAAAAAACACGAGACCCAGGAUUGACGUCGGGAACGAGACUUGUCUUUAUUUUUGUAUCAACUGACCAAAAAAAAAAAAAAAACAUGUUGACCGGCAUCGCAUCAUCGCUGUUGCCUUCCGAUCACGAAUCCUCGUUGUAGGCUAGAUGGUUUUAGAUGGCCCAGAGGUGGUGUGUGCAGGGUCCGUCCAGUGAUCGCUCCUGGUCUGGUGGUCGUGGUGGUGGUGGUGGUGGUUGUCGCGGUGGUCUCGGCGUCGCUUCGGAUCGCCCGGAUUUAGGAACGGCGAGUCCUCCUCCUCCUCCGGGCCGGCUUCAUGUCGAGUGAUGCUCGGCGUCUCCGCCUGGAUGUGUCCCUCCCGCCACGCUCUUCCGCCGGCACACCGCUCAGCCGCCACUCCGCUCCGCCGCUGCAGAGCCAACUAGGGACUACUUAUGGAAACUGGGGAUCAGAAUUUUAGAAAAAAGAAAAAUUAGCGGGCUGCAGUUUGAUUUCACGUUUCUUUUUUUCCUCUCUCCCCCCCCCCCCCCCACCCCCCUCUUUCUCUCUCGCUCUCCUUCCAUUGGGCUGAUUGUUUCUUUUUUGGGGAGGCGAUUGAACGUUUCUGCUUUCUGGGUUUUUUUGUGUUUUUUCUCUCUCUCGGUAGACAUGGCAGGAUGUCGCCUGCUGGUUAUUUGGCCGUCAGUACGUCGUUGAUCGAGGAAAGGGGGUCCCCCUUUCGUGGAAUGCGGGAACAUGGGCGUGUUUGACCGCGGGAUCCAGAUGCUCCUGACCACGGUCGGGGCCUUCGCCGCCUUCAGCCUCAUGACCAUCGCCGUGGGAACCGACUACUGGCUCUACUCGCGCGGCGUGUGCAAGGUCAAGAGCACCAACGAGAACGAGACCAGCAAGAAGAACGAAGAGGUGAUGACGCACUCGGGCCUCUGGAGGACCUGCUGUCUGGAAGGAUCCUUUAAAGGCAUGUGUAAGCAGAUCGAUCACUUCCCGGAGGACGCAGACUACGAAGCAGACGCCGCAGAGUACUUCCUGCGUGCGGUCCGGGCUUCCAGCAUCUUCCCCAUCCUGAGUGUGAUCCUCCUCUUCAUGGGGGGUCUGUGCAUCGCCGGCAGCGAGUUCUACAAGUCACGCCACAACAUCAUCCUCAGUGCCGGGAUCCUGUUCGUCUCCGCAGGUCUUAGCAACAUCAUCGGGAUCAUCGUGUACAUCUCAGCCAACGCCGGCGACCCGUCCAAGAGCGACUCCAAGAAGAACAGCUACUCCUACGGCUGGUCCUUCUACUUCGGCGCCCUCUCCUUCAUCAUGGCCGAGAUGGUGGGCGUGCUGGCCGUGCACAUGUUCAUCGACCGGCACCGCGAGCUGCGCGUGGGGGCGCGCGCCGCGGACUACUUACAGGGCGCCGCCACCAUCUCGCGCAUCCCCAGCUACCGCUACCGCUACCGGCGCCGCUCCCGCUCCUCGUCCCGCUCCACGGACCCCUCGCACUCCCGUGAGGCGUCGCCCGUGGGCCUCAAGGGCUUCCCGGCGCUGCCGUCCACGGAGCUGUCCAUGUACACGCUGCCCAAGGCGGGCCAGACCAGUCUGGACCCGGGCUCCACCUACAACUCCAACACCACCGAGAGGGACCACAACUUCCUGCAGGUCCACAACUGCAUCCAGAAGGACCUGAAGGAUGGAGCCAACCGCCGCACCACACCCGUAUGAGAGAGAGAGACGGGGGGGAGGGGGAGACAGAGGGAUAGGGAUGGAUGGAGAGGGAAGGGAGAGGAGCGAGAGAGGGAGAGAGAGAGAUGGAGAGGGAGAGUUCAGAGGGAAAGCGAGGAUAGGGGAGAGAGAGAAUAGAGGUUAGAGUUGUGUGAUGGAGGGAUUGAUCAGAGAAAGGAGAGCUUGAGACGAGAGGAAGACAGAUGGUGAAUAAAAGGGAGGGAAGGGUGGGGAGGAGGAGGGGAGUGUGAGCACCUUGGGUCCCCAUAGAGGGGCCUCCACUGACCAUGAGAUGUGAAAUUUCCAUUGUGAGAAACAAAACAAACACACACCGACACAAACGGCAAGAAGAAAAUGCAGAAAAAAAAAAAGAAAAAUGCAUGAUUUUUUUCCCCAUCUACCGUUGUUUAAUGAAUUUGAAUAUGUUUGUAAAGAUUCUAAGGGUGGGUGGAGGUGUAAGGAGAAGGCGGGGUCCGGGCGAGUCUGUGGGGCCUCUGAUUGGCUGCCUCACGGACGUGACAUAUCAGGGGAUUUAACCCCUCCUCCCUUUGGUGUGAUUACGGUUGGGGAUGUGCGUUUGAUUCGUUGACACCCUCUUCCCCCCCUCCUCCCACCACUCCAAAUCAUAAGCCCAAAGGCUCCAGACGACUCGCCCACCUCUCCCUCAACCCCCACCCGACUCUUUCUUCAGUUGCUGUUCCUUCUUGAUUUCAUCCUUACUUCGCGUUAAUACUGUGAACCAUUUGUGCGGUUCAGAGGUUUUUUUAAAGGCAGGGAGCAAUUUAAAAACGCGAAACGAAAAACUCAAAACAAACACACGUAAAGUACAACUAAAACAUAUGAGUUGAUAUAUGUAUUGAUUUUAUAGACAUGAAUAUCUAUGUUGUAUCAAUCAAGUCUUGACUUCCCUGGUGCAGAAAUACUAACUAGGAAAAAAGGACAACAAAAGACUUGCGUGUACGUGAAACAACGUGAAGUCUUCAUCGAAACUGCUGAGGACUCAUUUUGAUUGGCCGGUUGCUGGCAGGAAGUAGCUGAGCACACAGAUGACUUGGCAAAUGGAUAAUUGAUUCAUACUUGACAUGUUAUUACAUACUUUUACAAUAAAUAAAUAAAGGAAUAAUUAAAACACGUUAUUUCACCUUCUGGGAAAGGUCUUGGCGGCCAUCUUUGUUUGGACGCUAACGAUUGGCAUCGUUUCCCGCCUCGACUCGAAGGCGGUCAGAGAACAGAGAACUCUGGGUAAUGGAGUUGAUAUUAAACUGGACAAGCGAAUGAAACGCAACAACCGAAACACUCCGAUAUGUGCGAGGGAGAGCGUGGCUGUUUGAGCUAAGGUGACUUAAACAAAAAACGAAACAGACAAAAAAAAUGAUUUACAUGCAUGCUAAUCCAAAUUACCCAAUCUGCUUUUAGACGGAGCCAAAUUGUAUUCAAGAGAAUGGGAUUUACGCAGGUGGUUGUGACAAAGCAGAACUUUAUGUUAAUGUACUGUGUCUAUUUAUUUCUAUCGUUUUUUUUCGUUGGGAUUGGGGUUGUUUGGGUGCAGGGCUUCAUUCCGCGUUCCAAGUGAAUCAAUUCAAACAUUAAAGAACAAAUAAUUUUUGUUUUUUUAAGGAAAAAAACUGGUCAUAUUUUUAAAGAUUUGUUAUUUCUGUUUCAUUAUUAUUUUAGUUUUUAUUUUGAAAUCUCGCACAGGCUUUCGUCUUACACAUUUUAAUUUUGCUUUUGUUUUCUAAUAGUUUGGAGUUGUGUGGUUGUAAAUGAGUAUUUUAAAAGAGGAACAAAAAAGCCUCAUGUCUUUCAAGGUGCCAAAACUGAAUGAUUCUGAACCUGGAUGCAUUAAGUCCUGACAAUGAAUAAAACAUUGGAAACCA